AUUGCUCAUUACAAUCGUCACCUUCAAACACCGGAAUUAACUGCCAGAACGUUAAAUAGCUCAUACUGUAAUUUACUGUCAGUUUAUCCUCUGAAAGUUCGUGGAGUCGUUUGUUGUUGUUGUUUCUAAUACAAAAUGGGAGCCUGUAUGGCUUUGUGUUCUCUCGCGAGCUGUGCCUCGUGUUUGUGUGGCUCCGCUCCAUGUCUGCUCUGUGGCUGUUGUCCUUCUUCCAAUAACUCCACGGUCACUCGGCUGCUCUUCUCUUUCUUCCUUCUGCUGGGGACACUGGUGUCUGUAAUCAUGAUCUUGCCUGGCAUGGAGACGCAGCUCCGCAAGAUUCCUGGCUUUUGUCAAGGAGGAACCACAAUACCAGGGAUCGAGAACCAUGUCAAUUGUGAUGUGAUUGUAGGCUACAAAUCAGUGUACCGCAUGUGCUUUGCUAUGGCAUGCUUCUUUUUCCUUUUCUCUGCAAUCAUGAUCCGUGUAAAGAGCAGUAAAGACCCUCGUGCUGCUAUUCAGAACGGGUUCUGGUUUUUCAAGUUUCUGAUACUUGUUGGCAUCACUGUCGGAGCCUUUUUCAUUCCGGAUGGAACAUUUCAUGAUGUUUGGUUCUACUUUGGUAUUGUGGGCUCCUUCAUGUUCAUCCUGAUCCAGCUCAUCCUCCUGAUCGACUUUGCCCACUCCUGGAAUGAGGUGUGGGUGAGGAAUGCUGAGGAAGGCAACAGCAAGUGUUGGUUCUCAGGUUUGCUGUUCUUCACUAUCCUGCAUUACGCCCUGGCCUUUGCUGCAAUUGUGCUGUUUUAUCUCUACUAUACCAAACCCGACAACUGCGCCGAACACAAGUUCUUCAUCAGCUUCAACCUUAUUCUCUGCGUCAUCAUAUCUGUGGUUUCCAUUCUGCCUAAAGUGCAGGAUGCCUCGCCUCAGUCUGGUCUGCUUCAGUCCUCUAUUAUUACUAUGUACACGAUGUACGUCACCUGGUCCGCCAUGACCAACAACCCUAAUCGUGAGUGUAACCCUAGUUUGCUCAGCCUGGUGUCCAAUAUCAGCACAUCUGAAGCCAUGCCCACAAGCUCCCCUGGGAUGGUGCAAUGGUGGGAUGCUCAAGGCAUUGUGGGACUGGUGAUCUUCCUCUUCUGCACCUUUUAUGCCAGCAUCCGUUCAUCCAGUAAUGCUCAGGUGAACCGGCUGAUGCAGACGGAGGAGGGGAAGGGCACCGUGGGAGGAGAGGAGGUGGGGGAAGACGGACUGCGGCGUGUUGUGGAUAAUGAAGAGGACGGCGUCACAUACAAUUAUUCCUUUUUCCACUUCCACCUCUUACUGGCCUCUCUCUACAUCAUGAUGACACUCACUAACUGGUACAAACCUGACACAAACACUCAAGCCAUGCAGAGCACUAUGCCUGCAGUGUGGGUGAAGAUCAGCUCCAGCUGGCUGGGUCUGGGGCUUUACCUGUGGACGCUGGUGGCUCCUGUUAUUUUACCCAAUCGAGACUUCAACUGAGCUCCAGUGGGUGAGACUCUCUCUCACCUGUUCAAACUACUCCCGUUUGUGUUGCGCUAGAAAUAUCGCAAUCUGCAAACACCAUUAAAUCGCCAAGACUUAAAGCAAUUAGAAUCUGAAACAGAUGAUUGGUGACUAGUCUCAUAGGGCUGGUAGGUACUUAGUCAUUAAAAAAAAAUGCAUGGUCAACAACAAAAGUAUAUGAUUCCAUGACAAGUAUUUAAAAACGCAAAAAUGACACCAAAGUGUUUCAGUUGUUCAGUAAAUUGACGCAUAACAUGUAAGGAUUACUGCUGUGCUGAUAGUUGCCAUACUGAUAGAUAUAUUUUUAAGUAAUAUAGGUGCACAAAAAUGUCAGUUUGAAGUAAUGCUCGAGUGAAUAGCAUAUUCCGUUUUCCUUUGAUUCCUCCAUCCUUUUAUCUCAUACUCGCGUCCUUAAGAUCUAAAAAGAAAGAAGCUAAAUUGCAAGAAAAAGUAAAGUGGAUGGACAAUAAAUGAAAUGAGAAGCACCCUUUUUGCUUAAUGAAUGAUUCACAGCUGUCUCCCUUCUUGCACUGUUCAAAUGUUUGGCAUCUGUAAGAUUUUUUAAAUGUUUUUGAAUGAAGUCACUUAUGCUUAAAAUAACUGCUCUCUGUUUAUUUAGUGAGAGCAAAGCUGAAUUUUCAAAAGCCUUUACUCUGGUUUUUAGUGUCAUGAUCCUUCAGAAAUCAUUCUGGUGCUCUAGAAAUAUUUAUUAUCAUUAGCAAUUGUGAAAACAGUUGUUUAGCAUUUAUUUGAAAUAGUCUUUACUGCCAUUUUGAUUAAUUGAACGCAUCAAAAAAUGCGACCCAAAAAUCUUACUGACCCCAAACUUUUGAGCAGUAGUGUACUUCUAUCAUAGGAGUCACUGUGUCUCCACACAUGAAGGAUAAAUGAAUGAAAGGACUUUUACUGUACUUGUUGCUUCUACCGUGUUGUUAUUAUCCUCUAUAAUUCACUUCUCAUGGUCCUUAAGGGUUAUUUUGCUGUUUUUUUCUUUUGCUGAUAUUUUAUAAAGUCUAUAUUGUUAGUUUAUCUUGUUAAGCAUUAAGGUAACAGCACUACUCUUCGGUUUAACAGGUGCAAGCUACUCAAACCUAAGGCCACACAUUUACAGUGCUACAAAUAAACUUAAUAACUAUCCUACAGACCGUCAACAAAGUGGUCCUAGCCACGAAUUCAAUUAUGCAUGAUACUGCUGCUAGAAACCUACUCUACCUAAAGAAGAAACCUUUUUUUUACAGUAAUAGCAUUUCAACUUCAGGGUUCAACUUCUUCAAUGCAUUGUACAGUAGACACUCUAUAAUAUACAAUUUCGCUACAUACAAUUUAGCAAUGUGUAGAGAGGGUCAUGGGGGCUUAAACAGGGGGCCGUUUCCACUCAUGUCCUCUGUAGAGCCCCUGAAACUUGUGCAUCCAACAGAUAAGCCCUAUCCGACACACCCUUCAUCCAUACAUCUCACUCCACCGUGAGGUCACAAGCUCUGACCGGGGUCUCCCACACUGCCAUGAACAACAGACUGUGCUGUAAUAUUAACCGCUGAUCCAAAUUUAUAUAUUAUGGUGCUACCAGUCCAUCAGAGGCACAUGUUAGCAUACAGUAUCUAGCUUGUUGUUUAGCAGUAUACUUGUGUAAAAGGUUUUUAGUGUGGCAGUAGGUCAUUUAUUGUGGAGUAACACAUUUAAAUAUCACUUAUAUAUAAAUUAAGGGCUGGGUACUAUGUUAAAUAUAUAUAUAUAUUUAAUGGGUAGAUGUUGUUUCUGAAAACAGAUUGUUAAUCCUUCAGCCUGUGACACUUAUGUUUUUGUUUUUUUACGUUUUUGUUUAUUUAAAAAAAAAAGUUCUAAAAGUAACCAUGCAUUUAGUUUCACUUUUUUUUUAACACUGCUAAAAAUAUAUGAAAGCAAAAUAUGAAUUUCAUAACUCUUAAGUAUUGUAGGUGUGUCUGCCUCAAGUUAUUCUGUAUUGCCUGUGUUAUGCUGGUGACAUUGGAAGAAACUGAUUUUGAAGUAUGUUGUGUAUAUAUAAAGUAUAUUUGAAUGUUUCCCAAAGUAAUAGAUUAACACAAGCAUGACGGUUCAUCUGUAGUCUAUUAUUAGGAGCAACAUGCAAGAUGAGUAUCUCUUCAUGUGCCUUUCUACGAAAACUACUUAUCAAAAGUGAACAGGUUUAUUUCAGAACUAUGAAAAAGUGCCUUUGCUGUUUUAUAACAUUUCAUUUUUCUUACCAUGGACAAUAUUUCUCUUUUCAUUAUUUCAGUAGAAGUACUAUUUCAGUGAUAUGGUGUUGUUCAAUCUGUGCUAAUGCUGUAUUUCAAUAAACUCAUGCAAAGUG